ACGGGGUCAGAGGUGGUGACGCGCUGCCGUUAGCAACCGAGAGACGCCGAGAGCGGGAGCGGCCCCCGGGCCACAGCUCACAGGUGGCAGCUAUGCUUGUUCCGGUCUUCACCCUCAAGUUAAACCACAAAAUUAUCCCCCGGAUGGUGACUGUGGGGAAAUAUGAUGGCAUACCCUGCUUGACAGCCGCUACCCAGGCUGGCAAGGUUUUUAUUCACAACCCUCAUGCUCGUAGCCAGCGCUUUAUCUCCAAUCGCCUGCAGCAGAGCACCCAGGAUUCCGACAUCACCCUCCUGAACAUAAACCAGGCCGUCAGCUGUCUGACCGCGGGGGUGCUGAACCCCAACCUCGACCACCAUACCCUGCUCGUGGGAACACAGACUAACCUGCUGGCUUAUGAUGUACAUAAUAACACUGACAUCUUCUACAGAGAGGUGCCGGAUGGAGCCAAUGCCAUGGUGUUGGGACAGCUGGGAGACAUCUCGUCACCAUUAGCAAUUAUCGGAGGAAGUUGCGCCCUUCAAGGUUUUGAUCACGAAGGGAAUGACCGAUUCUGGACGGUCACCGGAGACAAUGUCCGGUCGCUGGCCCUCUGCGACUUUGAUGAUGAUGGAAAGAAUGAGCUUCUGGUCGGAUCAGAGGACUUUGAUAUCAGGGUCUUCAAGGAGGAUGAAAUCAUGGCUGAAAUGUCAGAGACAGAGACUAUCACAGCGCUGUGCCACAUGCAUGGAAGCCGGUUUGGUUACGCUCUGGCAAAUGGCACCGUCGGAGUGUACGAUCGAACGGCACGUUACUGGAGGAUUAAGUCCAAAAACCACGCAAUGAGUAUCCACGCGUUCGACUUGAACUCGGAUGGCGUUCCCGAGCUGAUCACAGGCUGGUCUAAUGGAAAGAUCGAUGCUCGCAGUGACCGCACCGGUGAGGUCAUAUUUAAGGACAACUUUCCCACCUCGAUAGCUGGGAUUGUGCAGGAAGACUACCGCAUGGACGGACAGACCCAGCUCAUCUGCUGCUCUGUGGAUGGAGAAGUCCGAGGAUACUUACCUGCCAGCCUGGAAAUGAAAGGGAAUCUAAUGGACACAAACGUGGAACAAGAAUUAAUCCGUGACCUGAGUCAGCGAAAGCAGAACCUGCUUCUCGAGCUUCGGAACUACGAGGAGAAUUCAAAGGCCAGCUCGAAUAACCAAGGAGGAGAACGAGAAGGGCAAGUGGGUGUUAUUCCAGCCAACACCCAACUACAGACAGCACUGUCUGUCAAUGUAGGCAACAGCACCCGAAGCCCUCACGUGGAGCUGAGUGUUUCUACAUCCAAUGACACUAUCAUCCGGGCUGUGCUCAUCUUUGCUGAGGGUAUAUUCGAUGGAGAGUCUUACGUUGUCCAUCCCAGCUCAGGCAAUGUCUCAGGCCAGGUCCAAGUUCCCAUUAUUCCACCCAAAGACGUCCCAGUGGAUCUGCACAUCAAGGCAUUUGUGGGAUACAGAAACAGCGUCCAGUUCCACGUCUUUGAACUGACCAGGCAGCUGCCUCGAUUCUCGAUGUACGCUCUGCUCACCGCUUCCGACACUCCUCUGGAACCUCAGGGUUACGUCACCUUCACCGUCAGCGAUCGCAUCCAGAGGGUUGUGAUGUGGAUGAACCAGAGCUUCUUGUUACCUGGUGAUGUUGAAUGCUCCGGUGCCCCACUGAAGGCUUGUUUCACGUCCCUGCGAGAUAACGGACAGCUCAGCCUCAAAAUGCAAGCUAACGGACAGAUCACCAUCAGAACGGAGGAUAUUGAUCUCGCUGGUGACAUCAUCCAGUCCCUGGCCUCCUUCCUGGCCAUCGAUGACCUGCAGGUGGAGGCUGAUUUCCCUCUGUACUUUGAGGAGUUGCGUCAGGUCCUAGUUCAGGUUGACGAGUAUCACUCCGUACACCAGAAGCUCACCGCGGAGAUGGCCGAUCAUUCCAACCUGGUCCGCAGCCUGCUGGUGAGGGCAGAGGAUGCACGGCUGAUGGGUAACAUGAGGAAUAUGAAGAAAGGUUACAACGAGCUGUAUGACCUGAAUCGAGAUCUGGUAAACGGCUACAAAAUUCGAUGUAACAACCACGCAGAGCUGCUGCAAUGUCUCCGAGGGGUGAAUCGGGCAAUGCAGAGAGCAGGCUCGCUCCGAGUCGGGAAGCCAAAGACCCAAGUGAUCGCCGCGUGCCGAGACGCCAUCAAAAAUAACAACGUGAACGCACUCUUUAAAAUAAUACGCGCCGGCACUUCAUCCGCUUCAUCCUGAGCUCCCGGGGGAAGAGGGGCUCCCCGAGACCAGGGAUGAGCUUCAGCCAGAGGGAACGCAGCAACAGAAGAGUAGGUCAGUGAAUGAGUGCAGUGUAAUAGCACUCAAGCAACGCUUAGCCAGGACCACCUCGCUGGUGCCAUCAGUGAGCCAAGUAACAUUAUUUACAGCCGAGUAUCUUGCCCUUUGUAAGCUGUCACAAUGGUCAUGCUUCAUAAAGUAUAACGCUCAAGAGUUUGGCUUGUUGUAGGUUCUCUUCGUGUCUCGCUGCUCCUCCCAAUCCGUCCCCAUUCUAAUUGGGACUCAGAGCAUUUUAAUUUGUGAAGGGUUAGGUUUAAAUCAUACAGUUUUAUAUUGUCAGUCAAAAUAGUCAUUCUAUUUGUAUCGGACAUUACUCAAUACCUCUAAGCAGCACACACACUUGUAUGUGUAUAUUCUCAAUUAAUUAAUAAUAAGUGAAUUGGUGGAAUAAUCCACAGUCUAAAUUAGAGGGAAAAACCAGACAUCAAGCAGACAUGUUAGGAGCAGGUGGGUAACUUGUAUUUUUAAUCCACCUGCUUUUCAUUGAGUACAGACAAUUGUUUCCUCUUUAGAUUUCACAAUCUUUCAGUUCUUACUGAGAAACUUUUUGUUUUGUUCCACUACCCACUGUAAUGGCAGUCACAAAGGCUUUUGGUCUCAUUUUGUUGAUUAGUCUAACAGUGUUUAUAGUUUGUAUUAUUCGUGUCUUAUAGUAGAUUGUAAUAAAAUAUAUUGAAGCAACAAA